AUGAUGAUGGGGGACUCGUUUCUGGAGUCCCCGCCCGGGCGCGAGUCGUCGGACGGCAGCCGGUCGGAGCGUAGCGGGAGCGGGCGGCGGCGGCGGCGCGACUUCCAGAAGGAGAACGUGAUGCUGAUCAAGGAGAAGCAGCGGCUGAACAGGCUCAAUCGUGAGCGGGAAGCCGAGGAGGCUGCACGCGCGCAGGCGUUCAAGCUCUCCAAGUUCCGCAAGGUCGAGUCCAAGGUCAAGGCUAUGAGGAGCGGGCCGGCCGGGAGCCGGGCUGGUGGGCGCGGGCGCGGGCGCGGGCCAGGUGGCGCCGGAGUUAGAGGGGCCCGCCAGUUCCUCCGGCGUGGCGAGGGCUCGCGGCGCCGCAAGCCUGCAGUGCCGCGGGAGCUGGCGCAGCUCGCGCCGCGGACCGAGAAGAACUUCCUUGCCGACAACGCGCGGGCGACAAUGGCGGCGAGCGCAUCAUCGCGGAGCGGCGGGUCGCGGGCGAGCGACGACCCGCGCAACCGGCCAGACUUUGGAAAGGUACCCGAGUAUCUCAUCAAGCGCAAGAUCGAGGCGGCCAAGCAAGAGAUCGAGGCCGAGGCGGCCAAGCCCGACCCGGACUGCCCGCCGGGCAUGGUCCGCAUGCCCGAAGCCGAGCGGCUGGAAACGCUGCAGCUCCUCGAGGGCAAUCGUGCCGACAUCAUCCAGCAGCUCAACACCAUGCCUCUCCGCUGCGAUACCUUUGGCCUCAAGCGCAAGAAGCACCUGCUCGAGAGCAAGUUGCAAGAGGCCGACGAGGCCAUCAAGAUCUUCUCCAAGCCCAAGGUCUUUAUCAACAUCGAGGAUGCGCAGUAGCCAACCACCCCCCCUCCCCCCGCCCUCGCCCUCGCCCUCGCCCUCGCUCUCCCUCUCCACGUACGGAUGUGUAUCCUU